AUGGAGUCGCUGGCGGCGGCCAGCCAGCUGGGCAGCGGGCGCGAGUCUGGCUCCUCCUCUUCCUCCUCGCCCCACUCCAAGCAGGAGCUGCAGCCCUACUCCGGGUCCAGCCCGCUGAAGCCCAACCAGGUCGGGGAGACGUCCCUGUACGGCGUGCCCAUCGUGUCGCUGGUGAUCGACGGGCAGGAGCGCCUGUGCCUGGCGCAGAUCUCCAACACGCUGCUCAAGAACUACAGCUACAAUGAGAUCCACAACCGGCGGGUCGCGCUGGGCAUCACGUGCGUGCAGUGCACCCCGGUGCAGCUGGAGAUCCUGCGGCGGGCGGGGGCCAUGCCCAUCUCGUCGCGGCGCUGCGGCAUGAUCACCAAGCGCGAAGCCGAGCGCCUCUGCAAGUCCUUCCUGGGCGAGCACAAGCCGCCCAAGCUGCCCGAGAACUUCGCCUUCGACGUGGUGCACGAGUGCGCCUGGGGCUCGCGCGGCAGCUUCAUCCCGGCGCGCUACAACAGCUCGCGGGCCAAGUGCAUCAAGUGCAGCUACUGCAGCAUGUACUUCUCGCCCAACAAGUUCAUCUUCCACUCGCACCGCACGCCCGAGGCCAAGUACACGCAGCCCGACGCCGCCAACUUCAACUCCUGGCGCCGCCACCUCAAGCUCAGCGACAAGACGGCCACCGACGACCUCAGCCACGCCUGGGAGGACGUCAAGGCCAUGUUCAACGGCGGCACGCGCAAGAGGACCUUCUCCCUGCACGGCGCCGGCCACGGGGCCGCCUCCCCGGGGUCCAAGAGCGCCCUGCACCCGCCGCCGCCGCCCGCCGCCGAGCUGGCCCCCGCUCACAAGAGCCUGCGCUGCGCCGCCGCCGAGGAGCAGCCCGGCGAGCGCGGCGCUCUGGGCCUGCCCGCCGGGGCGCACGGGCCGGCGGCCGCGGCAGUGCGCAGCUACCCGGUCAUCCCGGUGCCCAGCAAGGGCUUCGGCAUGCUGCAGAAGCUCCCGCCGCCUCUGUUCCCGCCGCCCUACGGCUUCCCGGCCGCCGCCUUCGGCCUGUGCCCCAAGAAGCAGGACGAGGCUCUGGGCGGUGCUGGAGGGGGCGAGCCGGGCAAGGGCGGCGCGCUACCCCCGGGUAUGUUCUGGGGGCCUCCGCACCCCCACCCGCCCCAGCCCCAGCAGCAGCAGCAGCCCGGGGCCUCCGCCAAGGACAGCGGCGUCUACCCCUCCUUCCCCAUGUUCUGGCCGGCCUCCGGGAGCCUCCCGGUGCCGCCCUACCCGGCCCAGAGCCAAGCCAAAGCCGCCGCCACUGCUGUGGUAGUAGCCGCAGCCGCUGCCGCCGCUGCCGCCGCCGUCGAGCCGCUGGGGCUACGUGGGCACGGCCACGGCCACGGCCACGUGGAGCUGGAGGGCUCUGAGCCCUCGGGCAGCGAGCGCGGCAGCGCCACCCCGCAGGAGGGCUCCGGCUCCGGGGGCGCCGAGGGCGAGCGCUGCGCCAGUGCCCUCUCCAGAGCCGCGGCCGUUGGGGAAGAGGAGCGCUCCGGGGACGAAGCCCUGCUGCCGCCGCUGCCCCUACCCAGGAAGGGCAGCUACCUCUCGGCCUUCCGCCCGGUGGUGAAGGACGCCGAGAGCAUUGCCAAACUCUACGGAACCCGGGAGGCCUACGGGGGCCCUCGCGGCUGUCCCGGCUACCUCUCCCCAGACUUCCUCAGCGAGGGCAGCUCCAGCUACCGGUCCCUUUCCCCCGGCAACGACACGCUGGAGGAGCCCGAGGUCGACGUGGAGUCCAACCGCUUCCCAGACGACGACGACGAGGAGGAGGAAGAGGCCCCCGGGGAGGACGCCGAGGAGGGCUCCCUGCCGCCGCCGCCCUCGCAGCCGCCGCUGCUCCUGCCCGGGCCCGAGGAGUCCCUGGCGGCUCCCGGCAGCGUCCUGCCCGCGGUGGAGAAAGCAGCGGCCGAGAAGCCCCCGGAGCCUGAAGGCAGCCCGGCCCGGAGCAGCAGCACGGCUGGUUAUGAGGUGUACCCCCCCGAAAGAGAGGAGCGUCCCCAGGCUCUCAAAGGCAGCGCCGCCUUGGCUCUCCAGGCGACCACUACUUACCUCUGCACCCCGGAGAGGAACGACCCAGAUAAGGAAGACAAUCACUCCGCAGCUGAGGAUUUGGAGGGCAAGAAAUCCUAUCAAGACCAAAGGAACGCCGCUCAGCCCAGCCCAGCCCACGCCGAGCGAGGUGAGGAGGUGGUCAGCAUCGACGUCUCCGGAACUCAGCUGGUGGAGAAAGACAUUGGGAAUCUGGCAAGAGAUGAGUUGCAAAAACUCCUCUUGGAGCAAAUGGAACUCAGGAAGAAACUGGAAAGAGAUUUCCAAAGUCUCAAAGAUAACUUUCAAGACCAGAUGAAGAGGGAGCUGGCUUACCGGGAGGAAAUGGUUCAACAGCUGCAGAUCGUGCGGGACACCCUGUGCAACGAACUGGACCAAGAAAGGAAAGCUCGCUAUGCCAUUCAACAGAAGCUAAAAGAGGCGCACGACGCGCUACACCAUUUCUCGUGCAAGAUGCUGACACCCCGCCACUGCACCGGGAACUGCUCCUUUAAGCCCCCGCUGCUGCCCCAGUGA